AUGACAUCGGCUGAGCUGGACUGGAACAACCCAGUUGUAAGGGCAGGGAUUCGAGAUCAUGCAGAGAGAUAUAUCAUAACAGAUCUUUCUUUUCCAGCGUACUUAUAUGAAAAGUACACUGCCAAUUCAGACAAUCUAGAAGAAGGUCUCUUUAAGGGCAAGAUCUUGCUCCAGAGCUACAAAGCUGUUUUUACAUCUCCCUCAUCAGCAAAGGACGUCGAAGGCGAUGGUGAUGGCACAGAUAUCAUCAAGAACAACAGAUGCUGUCUUGCUACCUAA